AUGGCCUCAGCCUCAGCCACAGCCCCCACCGACAAGGCGCCUGCCGAGAUGGCGUCCCCAGACCUCAGUGCGUCCGGCGACGCGUCUUCUGGCGUCGAUGGCUCCAACGCUAGCGACUCGUCUCCCACCGCAGAUGCCUCCAACACCGCAGUCGCUUCAGACAAGGUCACCGCGAUCGACACGGCGCGCAAAGACUCCGUCGUCUCUUCUCCGGCCACGACUUCCAAGAAGAGACCCGCCUCGCCCGCGGACAAGCCCAAGGCGAAGAAGCGUAAGAGUCACCACACUCCCGGAGGCAAGCUGUUGCUGACACCACUGCAGAGAAGCAGGCAGGGCCCUCCACGACUCCCGCUUCGACUACGACUCUCCCUCCGACCACGACCUCCGCCACAGCCGACGAUCAAUGGGACGCUUUCGGGGUGCUCGCGCAGCAGAGAAACAACUUCCGGAUGGCCUGGACGCCAGAUCGUCACACAGGCGAGCGCUAUGAGCCGAGCUGGACCUGCGGUAGGCGCAACGUCGGGCACGCGCUCCUGGCCGAAUGGGACUCGUGGAAGGCGCGGAACCCGGGUCGGAAGUCGAGGACUUUUGACGAGAUCGACCUGGCACUUCUUGUCGAGGAGCCGGCAUCUUGA